CAUAUGAAACCCCGCGCGCGCGCACACACACGCACGUACGAUAGAUAAAAGCAGCUAGCGCCGUCGUUACGUCGUGCUCGUCAUGGGCGUCGAGGCGGCGCUGCAUGGGGCGGCGGCGGAGGCGGCGCUGCAUGGGGCGCUCUCGCUGCAGCCGCACGUGGCCAGCGCCUUCUUCGCGCUCGCGGCGUGCACCGUGGCGCUCGCCGCCCUCCUGGCCGUGGCGCGCACGCGCCCGCCGUGGUGGUGCGACUGCGCGGUCUGCGAGGCCUACCUCACGGCGUCGUGGGCAGGCGAGUUCGACAACCUCUGCGACUGGUACGCGCACCUGCUGCGCCGCUCGCCGUCGCAGACCGUGCACGUGCACGUGCUCCGCAACGUGCUCACCGCCAACCCCGUCACCGUCGACCACAUGCUGCGCGCGCGCUUCGAUAACUACCCCAAGGGCAAGCCCUUCUCCGCCAUCCUCGCCGACCUGCUCGGCCGCGGGAUCUUUAACGUCGACGGAGACGCGUGGCUGUUCCAGCGGAAGCUCGCCGCGGCCGAGCUUGCGUCCCCGGCGCUCAGGGCUUUCGCCUCGGGCGUCGUCGCCUCCGAGCUGCGGGGCCGUCUCGUUCCCCUGCUUGACUCUGCAUGUUCCCACGACGACGACGGUGGCAAGGUGCUGGACCUGCAGGACGUGUUCCGUCGCUUCGCCUUCGACUGCAUAUGCAAGAUCUCCUUCGGCCUCGACCCGGGCUGCCUCGAGCUGUCCAUGCCGGUAUCGGCGUUCGUUGACGCGUUCGACACGGCGUCGAUGCUCUCAGCGAGGCGCGCGACCGCCCCGUUGCAGAUCAUAUGGCGGCUGAAGCGGUUCUUCAACGUCGGGGACGAGAGAAAGCUCCGGGAAUCCGUGCGCCUCGUCGACGGGUUCGCCGCGGAGGUCACCCGGCAACGACACAAGCUCGGCGGCGCCGCGUCCGGCAGCGACCUCCUGUCGCGGUUCAUGGGCUCCAUCAGCGACGAGAGGUACCUCAGGGACAUCGUGGUCAGUUUCAUGCUCGCCGGCCGCGACACAGUCGCCUCAGCGCUGACCGCCUUCUUCCUGCUCCUCUCCGAUCACCCGGAGGUCGCCGCCGCCAUCCGGGACGAGGUGUCACGCGUCGCGGGCGACGACGACAACGACCGGCCGAGCUUCAGCAAGCUCAAGGACAUGCACUACGUGCACGCGGCGCUGUACGAGAGCAUGCGGCUGUUCCCGCCGGUGCAGUUCGACUCCAAGUUCGCGGCGGGCGACGACACGCUCCCGGACGGCACGGCGGUGGCCAAGGGCACCCGGGUCACCUACCACGCCUACGCCAUGGGCCGGAUGGAGUCCGUGUGGGGCCCCGACUGCUCCGAGUUCCGGCCCGAGCGGUGGCUCCGCGACGGGCAGUUCGUCCCGGUGAGCCCGUACCGGUACCCGGUGUUCCAGGCCGGCGUGCGCGUCUGCGUCGGCAAGGACCUCGCGCUCAUGGAGAUGAAGGCCGCCAUCGUCGCCGUCGUCCGCAGCUUCGACAUCGAGGCGAUCGGCCGGAGCUCGCGCCGGCCCAAGUUCGCGCCGGGGCUGACGGCCACGUUCGCCGGCGGGUUGCCGGUCAGGGUCCGCCGGCGACCGCGUGGUGUGAGCGGGCACAGCCCACCAACCUGAUACGGAAUAAACAACAGUUGGUGUCCUGACGAUCGCGCUCUUGUUGGCCUAUUCUCGCCCGUUUCUUCCUUUCGAACAGGGAUAAAAUCGCGCGCUAGAUUGUAUGCCGCUGGCAGUCCGUGGCCACUGGUGCCGUGAGUGCGCUGGCGUUUGGCAGCACCGAGCAGCAGCUGAUCGAUGAUGCUGGACGAUUGAUUAGUCAGUACGUACGCAGCUCUCCACUUGAGAUUGAGAGUCGAGAUCGAUAGAUCUACAGAUAGAUUCCUCGAAUCGACAGCAAAUUAUUGAGAUCGGGUCGGAGUACGCGCGACUGUUAUGUGGUACGGAUAACGGAAAGACUAUAUAAACCGUUGGGGGAAAUACCUCCUUGGCUCUCCGGAGGAUGUGUACUUGAUAUUAAAAAACAGUAAUUGUGAAAAAAGAUAAA